GUUUUCAUCAGUUCUCAGUUCUCAGUUCUCAGUUCUUUUUUUUUUUUUUCGUUUUUGUUCAUUCGCUCUGUGCGUUCAAGUUUUUUGUGUGCUUGUUCGUCACUCUUUGAGUUAAUAACAAAAACCAAGCAGGAAAGAAAAUGGGACGGAAACCAGCAGCACCGAACGCAGGUGCAUCGUCGACUGGCGCUGUGGCUGGCGGAGGAGGGCGCACACGCGAGGCGCUCGUGUCGCAGGACCCGUCGCUGCUCAACCGCGCGCGUAUCACAUUCUCAUCCCUGUCCAGCGGUGCCGCAGCAUCGUCGCCGUCGUCACCGUCAUCAGCUCCAUCAGCUUCAGCAGGAGCAGCUGCAGGGACCAGCAACGAUGCUGACGAGGGCGGCGACACACGCAGGCCGAUGAUGCCUCAGUCACCGCUCGCCAUCGUGCCGCCUGCCUCGCCAUCGCCGUCGUCCCCAGCGCCUUCGACUCUGGCAGGUGCGUUUGUUGGCGUCAGUGCUCCGUUCGGCGAAGGAGUCCCCAACGACGUGCGUCUGGCCUUCAGUCGCCUUGCCAAGCGAGAUGAUGUAACGCGUCUCAAGGCGCUUCAAGAAAUCCAAGGCUUGGUGGCAUCGCACUCGGUAGAAACACUGGCAGCGGUGGUAUUGCCGCAAUGGGCUGCGCUGCAUCCCAAGAUUGUCCAUGCGAUGGACCGUCGCGUGCGGGAGGCAUGUGCGCUGGUGUGCCGCGACCUGAUUGUCAAGACGAAAAAGCACUUUGCGCCGUACAUUAAAACGUGCAUUCCCUUGCUCGUCGAAGCGCGAUUUGAUCCAUACCCCACCGUCGCGCGUUGCGCUGCCGAGGCCCUCGACGCCGCGUUUCCGCCAGCCAAGCAGCUCGAUGUGCUUGUCUUUUGCAGUGCCGAGUUCCGCGAUCUCGCCUUCCACACUUUUAUCAAGCACACAAAGCCCGAGACCCUGUGCGACCCGCUCAAGUUGGCGGCGGAAGACAUUCCCGCUGCCUACGAGCGUAUGGUCGUUUCUGCCAUGCUUGCGAUGGCAUACGUCCUUGAGCGCCUGUCUGGUGCGGAUCCUGCAAAGCAGUACUCGGCUGCUGACCUCGCUCCAGUGUUUAGCGAGAGUGUCUUUUACAAACAGUUUGCCAACUACUCGGUGCCUGCCGUCCGCGCGGCCCACUUGUCUCUUCUCGGGGCGAUCUGUCGAUUUCAUCGCCCGUCCGCCGAGGCGAACAUGGGAUUGAUUGCUCCGGUUGCAUUCGCUGCCCUCGGUGAUGUUUCCCCCCAGUGCCAGACCCCUGCUUGGGCGUUGGUGCUGACACUUGUUCGCGACUAUCCCGACACCUGCUGGGAGAAUGUCAGCUUCCGCAAGUUGGUCAUGCCCAAGCUACUGGGCCUCUUGCGUUCGUCGGAAGGCGGGGAAGCGGCGGGCAGUGCUGGCGCAGUCUACCCUUGCCUUUUGCCACUGGUCGCGAGCAUUCCCUCUCGCUUGAUUGGCGAAGGCGCCGGGUUUCACCGCGAGCUACUGACUGCUCUGCUCCGUGGCCUGAGCAGCGUUCGUGGCGGAGUCAGCAACGGCAACUUGAAGGCCAACACGAAUGCAGCGGAGACUGCGCUUUGGAGUGCAUACUUUGAAUUGAUGCAGUACUUUUUGGUGUCGGAAACUCGUCAAGGACACACCGUUAGCGCGGUAACGACCUUCGUGGCCAAUGAGGAGCUCGAACGUCUGACUCGGCAGCAUCUCAAUGAGGCGGACUUGGCGUGGCCCAGCGCUGUUGUUGCCCGAGGGAUUGUGGCAACAUGCAGUCUUGCGCUUUCAAAAAGUAUCGAUGCCACCACCAGUGUCUCUGAUGCUCUACUCGCGAGCGUAGAACAGCACUUCAAGGCAGACCCCGCCGGUUCAGAGCCCAAGCUUGGUUUGCCGCAAUCUGAAUGGCUUGUUCGCGUCGUUGACCUUCUUGGAGCAUUGACUGUGGUCGCGUCGCCGGCCUCCGAUCUGGCUGUUGGCGUCGACGCCAUCUUUAUUCGCCUGCUCAAGUCACUGAAUGCAGCUCUUGACUCGAAGGCAACCAUCGGCCAGCUCGAUCUUGUUGCUGCAGUGUUGGUUGCAUUGGGGAAAGCACCGUCUGACGCAAGGUCGCGCGUGGUACUCAAAGCCCUUGCUGCCGACGACGACGACGACGACGACGACGACGACGACGACGACGACGACGACGACGACGACGACGACGAGGGCAGCCACCAAAGUGCGUUCGUGCUCGCUUUCGAUCAGCUGGUUUUGCCCGUGUGGAAGCAAGCCCUGCACCUUUCAGGCGACACUGCUGGUGCGUUCCGUGCGUCUGCGGCACGCUUGACCGCCGUGGUUUUGCAAGGCGGUCUUUCUUCACCUGCCACCUCGUUCGUCUCGGUCUGGUCCAAGCUUGUCGGUGAACUUGUAACUGCGCCCGAAGCAGACACCAUGCUGACCACAUUGCUCGAAACACUCGGCAGCUUUCUGGCUGACCAAGCGGCAACACCUCUUCUGGCGCGGGAGGCGUUGACUUUGCCAGAGCUGGAUCAGUUUGUGCUGGGGCGUCUUACCGCGCUGGAGCACUGCGAGGCGCCACUGCUUGCCUCGAAAAAAGCCGCUCUGAUCAAAGCCGCGUUGCAUCCAAGUGGCUGGUUUGUGUCGCUGGAACGGUUGCCAGCUUUGGUCGACGGUAUCAAGGCCUUGCUCCACGGAGGCGCACAGGCCGAUGCUGAGGCCAAGGGCGUUGCGAUGGGUUUGGUUGAAUCUCUUGCGAACUUUGCACCCGUCCAACAGUCGUCUGCGCCGCUUCUUGAGCUGGUUCCACAUCUGCAAGCCGACCUGCUGGCCACUGCGCUGGCAGCUGCGCGCGCGAGCGAGCCCGAGCUUUCGUCCGACGCUGCCCUGCUCCCCAACACCCAAUGUUGGUCGAGCAUCAUUCGACACGUGUUGUUUUCGAGCGCCAACUCAACAAAAGUCACGGUCGAAUUGUGGCGACAAGUCCGGGCGCUUUUUAGCUCGUCUGAAGUCGCCGACGUACUCAAGACAGCCACCGGCGCGGCCCAUCAUCACGUCAUCGCUGCGCUUGCGAAGGCUUUGGUGAAACUGUGUCCCCAUGUUGAUUUGGUCAAUCUGGCGCUGCAGCAGUGGGCAGAAUCGUUCGAUCAGGGCUAUGAUUCGCUGCUGACGAGCACGUUCCACCAAGCCGAGGCGUGGGUUGCUGGUCAGCUCCCGUGCUUCCAAACGCCAAGCAGCAUGUUGAUGAGUGUCUCUGUCAUCGAUCUCAACCCGAGCAUCGAGCAACGCGAUCUGCUGAUGCGUGCACUGCUGGAAGCGACUGUUUUGUCGGAAUUCUGCCGUCUGCUCCAGGAGCAGCAGGCUACCGCUGCCGACCAUGCCCGAAGCGACCCGGGCAGAGUUGCCCCGCGGGUUGCUCUCGUGCACAACUGGGUUGCGGCUGCUCUUGCCGUUGACAUUGACACGACGCCGUUCGUAACGAGCACUCCUCGCCGGAUUGCCGAUGCAGGAUGGAUUGCUGCCAACCAUUUUGAACCGCUCAUGCAGCACACCCUCCAUCUGCUCGACCAAAACCGUGCGGCGCUCUUCAGCGUUUCGGCAGACGCGGUUUUAAACCCUGCCAACUUGCUUCAAGCCAUGACCCGCUCUCGUGCCUUUGCACUGUCCGUUUCGGCCGAAGAGUGGACUAGUUUCACCACUUUGGCUUUGAAGCACCUGGACGAAGCGCAUUCGAGUGGGGCACCUGCGGCCCUCGCACUGGCGGCGCUUGUUACGGCCGUUCGAACGCGUGCCAUGACUUUCCCUCUCGAUACCACCAAGUCCAAUUGGCGUGAUGAUUGCAUCAAGUCAUUGUGCCAAGCCAUUGUCGCUCGCCCUAAUGUUGCAGCUGGCACAGCAGGGCGAGCUGAAGCCGGUGGGUUUGGGCUUUUGGCCUUGUUGGCCGUUCUCCUGAGCUUGCCCCGUUCCAACUGCUUGAGUCGAGCGCUUUGCGAGGCUGUGCAGACGGUCUUGGUUGUGGUUCGAAAGUGGUACUCGGUCGGCUCUGCCGCACUGCUCGCCGGACCUUUGAAUAACGACAACGCAUCCCAACUGGGUGGCCACACGGCAGUGGCCGAGUUCCUUGGAGCUGCCUUGUCGAGCGACUGCUUCAGCAUGGUGACGACUGGUGCGCCGCAAAUUUUGUGCGCUCCGGAUGACUGGAUGUUUGUGGUGAGGCAAGCUGAAGGCUGGCUCAGCUUUACCUUCAAAAACCGACCCCGCGUCCAAGUGCAACUUGCGCCAACCGCUGCUCUGCAUGCCUCUGCCCUUCGUCUUGCUGCUGCGCUUUUGCAUGUGUGGCAUGACCCAGCCGCGGCUGGAAUUCGUCCAAUCUCAGACGAAGACUUGGGAGAAGAAAUGUACCGUUUUGCAUUUGAUGUGACCACGCAAGCCCUCUCUGCUUUUGUCGAGGAAGCCGUGCCGUUUGCUCGACAGACUGCUACGCAGCCCACGGCAGGCUCUGGCAUGCUCGGACUGCACGCAGUGCGCCCCAUCGCACCCUCCAAGUUUUUGCUCAUGGACUACCUCGCCGACCUCACUCAGCACGCCCCGGACGAUGUCGUGCUGGAUGCGCAGUGCUUUACCAAACUGUGCCGUCUGCUGCCGGCUGGCCAUGACUUUGUUCAACGGACAAGCUGGCGAGUGCUCAGCACGAUCGUUCAACUCUCAUCCCUCGCGUCGCUGUCGGCGGGAGAAGCGAGCUCGGGGCCUGGUGUGGCUGCUGGUGCUGCAACCGACGACACCGCCACCGCCACGACCGGAGGCAAGACGUACACGCCACCCCAACCACUCAUGAAUGUGAUUGCAGGUCUGGGCGAUAUCCAGCUGGAGCUCUCGCGCGACGAUGCACACUGGCGUCUCGGCUACAUGCUGGCCUGGUUUUUGCUCUUCCAGCAGUUUGAAGCUGCCGAGAGCCAAGUGCGAGCCGGCUUUGCGGACGUUUUGAGCGAGCGUGGCGUGGCGGAAGAGCUCAUGACGGUUGUGUUUUGCCACAUAGACCUCAGCACUGGCCGCGUUGAACCAGGCCUGCUGGAUGUCAUCCGUGACUGCUCUGCUGCAAGCGUCAUGUUGUGCUAUUCUGAUCGCCAUUCUCGCGUCGGCAACGGAUUUGCUGUCAGUCCUAGAUCGCGGGCUUUGCGUCGAGGCAUGACGUGCGUGGCCCCAACUCCGCUGUCUGUUCUGGCAUCGCAGCUCUUCAUCCGCGCUGUUGAGGCUACUCCGGCGUUGGUGCGGGCAUGGUGGAAUACUUGCGAUCGCAAUUUGAGUUUGGCAAUCGACCAUUUCAUGCGGCACCACGUCAGUCCCAUCCUAGUGCAGGUGGAAGUCGAUGCGGUCGAUGCCUUUGUCAAGUCACGCACGGCCUUCGAGAACGAGAGCAUGCGACUGGUGGCAUACGCGUCGACCCGCGAGGUGUCGGCGAGCUACAAGUUGGACGAAACGAGUGUCGAGCUCACAGUGCGCAUGGCACCCAACCAUCCGCUUCGCUUGCCCGAUGUGGACGGUGGGCGGCGCAUUGGCGUCAGCGAGUCUCAAUGGCGCAAGUGGCUGCUGCAGUUGACUGCCUUCCUUGCAUCACAGAAUGGACGCGUUGUUGACGGCAUUCUGCUCUGGAAGAGCAAUGCCGACAAGCACUUUGAAGGCGUCGAUGAUUGCCCCAUCUGCUAUUCUGUUAUUCAUGCCAUCAACUACUCGUUGCCGAGUUUGCGGUGCAAGACGUGCAAGAACAAGUUCCAUUCGGCAUGCUUGUACAAAUGGUUCAACUCGAGUGGCAAUUCGACAUGCCCGUUGUGUCGCAAUUUGUUCUGAAGCCCAAAGUCAAGCUGUGUUCUUGUGCUUUUUUUUUGUCGGCUUGGCUGCCAUCCUUGCUCGCUGUCUGCGCGUCGGUGUUGCUUUUGGUUCUUGUAAUGAAUGUGACACUUCCUAUGCUUG